GGGCGGCGCCCUAGGGGUGGCUCGGUGCCCGGUGCCCCCGCUCCGCGCCGUGCGCCCCGGCCCCUGGCAGGCGGGAGGCGGCGCAGCAGCAGCUAUCCCAGGAAUGCGCUGAAGAUGGCGGCCGGCAGGAGAGCCCCGAAGAGCGGGCUGCUGGAGCUGCGAGCCCCGGGCGAGCAGUGGCUGCGGGUCCUGGUCACGCUGGCCGAGGACUUCCUGACCGUGAGCCCCGGCAAGGGCGCGGGGGCCGAGGAGCCGCCGCCCGCCCCGGCGCAGCUGAACGGCGGGGAGCCGUGCGCCCAGGUGCCCGAGUCGCUCACCAACGUGAAGCGCACGGUGCGGAUCGUGAAGCAGGACGUGGGGGGGCUCGGGAUCAGCAUCAAAGGCGGCCGAGAGAAUAAAAUGCCGAUCUUGAUUUCCAAGAUCUUUAAGGGGCUGGCUGCAGAUCAGACAGAGGCGCUGUUCGUAGGAGACGCUAUCCUCUCUGUCAAUGGGGCCGACCUUUCAGAGGCGACGCACGAUGAGGCAGUGCAGGCACUGAAGAAGACUGGCAAGGAGGUGGUCUUGGAGGUGAAAUACAUGAAGGAGAUCUCGCCGUACUUCAAGAACUCCUCGUCCGGGGCGACCGUCAGCUGGGACCCGUCCCCGGCUGUCUCCCUUCAGAAGCAAGCCUCGCCCAUCCUCUCCCUGCGUGACCUCAAGGAAGGGAAGAACAUGCCUCUGAAAAUGUGCUAUGUGUCAAGGAAAUGUCUCCCCAGUGACCCAGAGAACAGGUACCUGGAAGUCUGUUCGGCAGAUGGGCGGAUUCCCCUCUUCCUGAGAGCAAAAGACGAAGUGACUGCCCAGUCCUGGUUCAACGCCAUUCACACCAACGUCAACGCCCUAGUGCCCAGAGUCAAAGAGGAGCUGAGAGCCCUGCUGGCGGCAGCCGGUGUUGCAGGGAGCAAAGAGAUCAAGCACGUCGGCUGGCUCACUGAGCAGCUCCCCGGUGAUGGGACGAAGAACAUCCUCACCAUCCUCACGGAGAAGGAUCUUCUGUUCUACAGCAGCCUCCCACAGACCAGGGAUGCCCUGAACAAGCCAGCCCACAGCUACCCUCUCAUCGCCACCAGGCUUGUGCACUCCGGUCCGUCCAAGGGCUCCCUCCUCUAUGACUCGGAACUCGCCUUUGCCUUGCGGACGGGAACCAAGAAGGGGGUGGAGACGCACCUGUUCAGUGUGGAGACGCACCGGGACCUGGCGAUGUGGACGCGGAUGCUGGUGGAUGGCUGUCACAGCGCAGCUGAGUUCACGCAGGAAGUCUCAGCAGCCUGCACAUGGAAUGGGCAGGAAUGCACCUUGUCCAUCCACAUCGACAAGGGCUUCACCAUCUUCACCACAGAGCCUGGCAUCAGCAGGACCAUCCUGCUGCAGCAGCCCUUCGAGAAGCUGCAGAUGUCCUCUGAUGAUGGGGCGAAGAUGCUCUACCUGGACUUCGGCAGCGCAGAGGGAGAGAUUCAACUGGACCUUCACUCCUGCCCCAAAACCAUUGUCUUCAUUAUCCACUCAUUCCUAUCCGCCAAAGUGACCCGGCUCGGGCUGCUGGCAUAGGGGCCUGGGAAGGAUCCAGAGAGAGAAUUCGAAUCCCACGAGAGCUAUGCACUAUGGCGAUUCCCUCCUGGCCAACGCCAAACGAAAGCCAUUCAGACAAGAUGCGAAUGACUGGGUAACACAGCCACAGCCAAGGAAAACCACUCAAUGUCCAGGACACCUGACAUAAUCCCUGCCACUGCCGGGUCUGCCUCCCACCAGCAACGAGACAGAAGGCACUGCUCCCAGCCCGCUUGUAGUGGGCAUUCUCUGCAGCCUCGCUCAAGAGCUAACAACAUUCCCACUUCGACAACAGCACUCGAAACAAGCUUGAAAAAUACCCAGGCAAGACAAAACACCCCCCAGAUACACUGUCACGCUAGUGCCUUGUGAGAUGAUAUUUUCUGUACAAAGAAUCAGUUUGUAUCAAUGUUUUAUAUUUAUAUAGCUCGGUUCUAAAGGCUCCCCAUAUUUUAAACCCCCUUUGUCAUAAAAAGAAGCUGUAGAUUAGAUACUUCAACAAACAUCUCUGAUCCCCCGAGGCCCAUUUUGGAAACAACUGGUCUGGAGUCCUGAUCCAACUUUGUAUUCUUUUGGCCGAUGUGAACUAGAGAGUAUGAAGUCUAUUUGCUGAUUUAUUCAACUCUGUAACUAGUUAGAAGAGCCAUAAUUUAAAACCCUUUUUAUUCAUUAGAUUUGGAUGGUUCUGUUUCUUUUGCUAACUCGCAGCCCUUUGAUAAUUUUAUUUUUUGGUUUAAUUUUUUGUGGCGCAGGGGCUGUCAGGUAGGGAGCAGGAAAACAAUUUGUUUUAUGAACCAAAAGUUCAUGCAUGAAAAUCUUUUUUUUCUUUUGUGAAAUAAACAUCACAGGCUACGCCA